AUGAAACCACUUUCCUUGGCCGACUUGACGCCUUUAAAAGUCCCCCACCAGCUUGAAAUUCUUCCUUAUACCAUAAAAACGCAAUUUCUACAGCUGCAUGAACUAGUUAGUGGGUAUAUCAAGACUCUUGAUGGCUAUAAGCAGCACCAAGCACAGCUAAGAGACGUGGUCAAUAAACUGAUUGAGCAAUUGAAUGAGAUCACUACCAUGAUCAACGAGUACGAGGAUACAGCUAAGACUAUAGAGGAGCAAUUGGCCAAAAUCAAGGAGCUACAUCAAGAAUUUAUCAACUUGGAGACAUACCAUUACCAGCUCUUAGCUGCAAAUUUCAAUCAAACUUUUUUGAAAACCAAGUUCAAGAAACUUGUAGAGAGCCUGGACCAGGAGGGCUACAAAAUAGUUCAGAAUGUGGGAAAAGACCAUAAUGAUCUCGAAACGACACUCGAGCAAUUUCGAGCUCUGCGAAAAAAAUAUCAUUUACGCCGAGAGAAAUUGAACCGAUGGGACGAAGAUAGAGUCACUGGGUUUAUCUGA